AUGUCCAACGUCCAACUGGGCAAGGAUGUCAAACUGGACAAGGAUGUCCCACUGGACAAGGAUGUCCAACUGGACAAGGAUGUCCAACUGGACAAGGAUGUCCAACUGGACAAGGAUGUCCAACUGGACAAGGAUGUCCAACUGGACAAGGAUGUCCAACUGGACAAGGAUGUCCAACUGGACAAGGAUGUCCAACUGGACUAUUGCUGCAACCACUUUUGUCUAACUGGUGCUGUUCGGGAGGAUGUCCAACUGGACAAGGAUGUCCAACUGGACAAGGAUGUCCAACUGGACAAGGAUGUCAAACUGGACAAGGAUGUCACACUGGACAACGAUGUCAGACUGGACAAGGAUGUCCUACUGGACAAGGAUGUCCAACUGGACAAGGAUGUCCAACUGGACAAGGAUGUCCAACUGGACAAGGAUGUCCAACUGGACAAGGAUGUCCAACUGGACAAGGAUGAUGUCCAACUGGACAAGGAUGUCCAACUGGACAAGGAUGUCCAACUGGACAAGGAUGUCCAACUGGACAAGGAUGUCCAACUGGACAAGGAUGUCCAACUGGACAAGGAUGUCCAACUGGACAAGGAUGUCCAACUGGACAAGGAUGUCCAAUUGGACAAGGAUGUCCAACUGGACAAGGAUGUCCAACUGGACAAGGAUGUCCAACUGGACAAGGAUGUCCAACUGGACAAGGAUGUCCAACUGGACAAGGAUGUCCAACUGGACAAGGAUAUCCAACUGGACAAGGAUGUCCAACUGGACAAGGAUGUCCAACGUCCAACUGGACAAGGAUGUCCAACUGGACAGGGAUGUCCAACUGGACAAGGAUGUCCAACUGGACAAGGAUGUCCAACUGGACAAGGAUGUCCAACUGGACAAGGAUGUCCAACUGGACAAGGAUGUCCAACUGGACUAGAUGUCCAACUGGACAAGGAUGUCCAACUGGACAAGGAUGUCCAACUGGACAAGGAUGUCCAACUGGACAAGGAUGUCCAACUGGACAAGGAUGUCCAACUGGACAAGGAUGUCCAACUGGACAAGGAUGUCCAACUGGACAAGGAUGUCCAACUGGACAAGGAUGUCCAACUGGACAAGGAUGUCCAACUGGACAAGGAUGUCCAACUGGACAAGGAUGUCCAACUGGACAAGGAUGUCCAACUGGACAAGGAUGUCCAACUGGACAAGGAUGUCCAACUGGACAAAGAUGUCCAACUGGACAAGGAUGUCCAACUGGACAAGGAUGUCCAACUGGACAAGGAUGUCCAACUGGACAAGGAUGUCCAACUGGACAAGGAUGUCCAACUGGACAAGGAUGUCCAACUGGACAAGGAUGUCCAACUGGACAAGGAUGUCCAACUGGACAAGGAUGUCCAACUGGACAAGGAUGUCCAACUGGACAAGGAUGUCCAACUGGACAAGGAUGUCCAACUGGACAAGGAUGUCCAACUGGACAAGGAUGUCCAACUGGACAAGGAUGUCCAACUGGACAAGGAUGUCCAACUGGACAAGGAUGUCCAACUGGACAAGGAUGUCCUACUGGACAGGAAUGAGAAACGGGAAAAGGAUGUCCAACUGGACAAGGAUGUCCAACUGGACAAGGAUGUCCAACUGGACAAGGAUGUCCAACUGGACAAGGAUGUCCAACUGGACAAGGAUGUCCAACUGGACAAGGAUGUCCAACUGGACAAGGAUGUCCAACUGGACAAGGAUGUCCAACUGGACAAGGAUGUCCAACUGGACAAGGAUGUCCAACUGGACAAGGAUGUCCAACUGGACAAGGAUGUCCAACUGGACAAGGAUGUCCAACUGGAACAAAAAUGUUUUGCAAGUUCUUUGGAGGACAAGGAUGUCCAACUGGACAAGGAUGUCCAACUGGACAAGGAUGUCCAACUGGACAAGGAUGUCCAACUGGACAAGGAUGUCCAACUGGACAAGGAUGUCCAACUGGACUAG